AUGUUCGCUUAUCAGGGCGCUAACAGUUGUCAAAAUAACAAAAACACCCACGGACCUCGAUUAUUUUUUUUCGCAAUGUGAAUCCGCUGUCCAGUUUUCUUCACCAAUAACGUGCCUUUAAUAAAUACGUGUACCUGCAUAUACAAAACCAGAUGGUACACCAAAUUAUUGUUGAAUAGUGCAGUCUCAAAGUGUCCGCUAGUAUACAGUCAAUUUCUCCGAGAAUGAGCUACUAUACGCACUCGACGGAGCUCAGUCAAAUUCAGUUUGAGCUUGACACGCUCGCCGAUAAGCUGGAAGAUGACUGGCGUACUUUGUUCUAUCUGAUUCCCCGGCGAAUCGCCGACAUCAACCUGCCACCCGGUAGCUAUGCGAUUAAGUACAACGGUACCCAGGAACAGGAAUUAGAGGACUACGGUGAGAGGCAGAAAAUUUCACGCGCCCGUCAACUGCUGGAAGAAUGGGCUACAUCUGGACGGAAGGAGGAACGUCCCCGUUUAGGUCAUCUGCUACAGUUACUAGUCAAAGGGAACAUGUUCCGAGCGGCAGAUUUAAUUGCCAAAUAUUUGCUGAACGAUGCCCCACCCGAACGUCCUCGUCGUGGACCGGCUGCCCCCAUCGAUAUCGAUCAGGUACUAGAUGGAGAGUUAGAAAAAAUGCUCGAUGCUGCGUCAUAUCCGGACUCAACCGCACUACACAACGGUCUGCAGUCGUUGACGCUGGACAACAACCUAGACCGUCCGGAUCCGCUGAAGAGAGAUCAAGUCACGGAUCUCGUGCUCGGUCCCGGCGACGGUUUAUCCAACACCGAUAACAACGAUCAAUCGACCAGUACGAGUAUAGAUUUGCCUCGUUUAAGUGCCUUACUGAAUACGGAGGAAGCUGGUCCGUCCGGGGUGCAGGUACUUUCAAUAGAAGGUAACACACUUUCGUCGACCGCGGACAGUUACAGCGAUAGCAGUAACCAUUCCAGUUCCAGUAGUAAUCAGAGCCAGCCGUCGACAAUUCUGGGAACGAUUGCGGAAGAUGACGAGCUACCCAACUUGUCGCUGUUCGAUGCGGGAAGUACGCUGGCUAGUGUGGAUGCGGGCACCGCCAACAUACCCCAACUUUCUGCGCUAUUUAACAACCCGAACAGUAGCACUCAGAGCCAGCCAACAAUUCCGAACUCCGACCAACUGCCACAGCUUUCUGCGCUAGGCUUUUCUCCGAAGCACUCCAACGACCCAGCGACCGCUAACUCGAACCUGAUUCAAUUCUCAUCGGUGAACUGUCCUUCAUCUGCAGUGCAGCAAUUUUCCUACACCGCUCUGGAAUCCGCCACGGCCAACUUUGACACGCGCCCUUUCACGAAUCGUAAUCCAGCAGCUCCGAAUGGGCGCAUACUGGGAGUCGGCGGUUUCGGUGAAGUUUUCCUAGGUACGAACCUUACGCCGGAUAUCAAGCUGGCAGCGGUAAAACGCCUCUUUCCGUCCAAUUACAAGUACCGGGAAAAGUUCGAUCAAGAACGGGAAAUACUCUCAAAGUAUACCCAUCCGAAUAUUGUCCAACUGCUCGGUUACUGCGAUACCGAUCAGCUUUGUCUGGUUUAUGAGUUUCUCCCUGGCGGUACCAUGGAAGCGGCAUUGAAGCAGUCCCAUGACGUGAUAACAGCUACUUUUCGAGUUAACUGCCUAAACGGAAUCGUGUGCGCUCUGGAGUACUUGCACAGUCCACAGGUUCGGGUGAUUCAUCGGGAUGUGACCUUAGCAAACAUUCUGCUGACGGACAGCACUGCUAAACUGUGCGACUUUGGGCUGGUCAGAAAGGUCGACAGUCUAACGACAACGAGUGUGAUGGGUACGGGACCGUAUUUAGCCCCAGAGUCACUCCGAGGAAUCAUUACUCCGGCGAUGGAUGUUUACUCAUUCGGUGUAGUUAUGCAAGCGCUUGUAACUGGAGAAGAUGUGCUUGCGAUCGAUGGCACAGAGAAAGAACCAUUGGUCGAUCAGCGUGUGUUACUGGUGGAACUUCCCAAGUGGUUGGAGUGUGGAAAAAAGUUGUUAUUGUUGGUCACCUGGUGCCUGCGGGAAAAAGCUCUGCGACCGACCGCACAGGAGCUACGGGAACGAAUAGAUGAGAUAAGGAGAGAAAUGUCGGAAUAGUCAGCGUCGUUAAACGGACAUUCAAAAUGUUAUAGGGAAAGGUGGAACUAAUUUUUAAAACUUAUAUAUUUUUACAAUUUCAACGAACGCGCAAUAACGAAACGUUUAUCUGA